CGAUCCUGCACAAUUCGCAACAGACAAUCCAGCUAGCCGAUCGGGUGUCGGGCUGGAACGUGCCCUACGCGAUCGUGGAGGAAGAGCUGAGGCGACAGAACGUAAGUGCCACUGCGAUGUCGUGCGUGGGUAUGCCGCACCUGUUGAACGUCGUUCCUGGCAGUCAUCCACGAUUGACUUCGCACUCUGCCUGGGCGCUACCGUUGCCGAGAAGCUUGCCUCCCGCACCAGGGUCAAGAGCGGCCAGACCGCGACUCUGGAGAAGAAGGAUGAAAUAGUGGCGAACGCCAUCUGGCGUUUCCUGGAGUUGAGGGGGUUCCUACUGAAUACGCACACGCAUUCCCCGCUGGCUCGUGCGAUGCACACGGCGGUUGGGAAGGCACGACUGAAUGAUAAGUUCCAGGACCCACUCUACCUGUUCCUGGAAUUGGUCAGAGCGGGUGUGAUGCACGGUCACCUCUGGUCUUCACGUGCGUUCAGUGGCGGCCCUAGUUUCGGAACCGAUGAUGAGAAGUCAUGCAUGCUUUUGGUUAUGCGGGUGCUGAGCAUAGUGCCAUUAACCUUCAAGCCGCAACCAUGGGCCGCGCCUCUGUCACGCGAACUGCUCGUGUUCAACUCGUUUGUGCGGUCGCUCACACGGGCCCUGCGGGCAUUGUUGGAGGUGACUUCAUUGAACAUGCUCCUGCGUCACGAUGCGAAGCGGGCCCGGGACGACUUCCUGGACAUCAACCUAUCGCUGCCCUUCCAAUCGGAAGUGAACACGGGGUUUGGCGUGCUCGCGAAGGUCUACCUGGACGCGUUGACGCAUCUGAACAACGGUCAGCGGGUGCGGGAUCCGAACGCGGAGGGCGUGCGCGAUGCGAAGCAGUUGGCGCUUGAAAUCUGCGAAGAGACGUUCCCCGGGGUGAAGUCGCCCAAGCUGGAGGUGGAGAGGGGGUUCCGGUUCUGGGACGUGGCGCUGACAGCCAUGAGGCAGCUCCAUUCUGAGAGCGCUGUGCUGCGUGAGCUGAUCGACCAGUUUGAGGCAGCCGAGGCGUGGCUAGCGCCAAUGAGGCCGUAAACUCCCACUGUACGCGCACCGUGGGACAGAGAGAGGGAUGACGCGCGGGCGGAGCGCUGGGUGUUCUUGGUCGGCUUCCACACGAUUGCGAGUGUCAGCGGGAAGAACGGAGGCGGGACACAGGGACGAGGCACUGCAGGCCAAGUGUUGAUAGUGUGUUGAUGAUUGCUGUGCGAUUAUGCUUUGCGAAAACGAUGUUGUGGAUGCUGUCGCUGUUGGCCACCGGCGGAUACAGUCUGUG